CAGAAUAAACAAAUAUUUGCUUAAAUUAUAUCACAAAUUAGAAAAUUGGAAAGAAGCUUCCCAUCGAUCUUAACGCGGACUCUAUCACAAUGUCAAUGUCAACCAUAUGCAUAUCUAUAUAACUGCACUGGCCACCGUUGAAUCUAUACAUACAAGACUAUGGGGAACUACAUUUCUUGCAGUCUAUCAUCAGGAGGAAACAAGCAGUGGAGAGGCAUAAAGGUGAUAUUCCCAAGUGGAGAGGUAAGGAAGUUUGAAGAAGCAGUUAAAGCAGCUGAGCUUAUGGUUGAGAUGCCAAGUUUCUUUGUGGUAAACUCUCUUUCUCUACAAAAUGGAAGAAGGUUUUGUGCCCUAAAUGCCGAUGAAGAACUCGAGUACGGUAAUGUUUAUACCAUGAUUCCAAUGAAGAAGCUUAACUCUUCUGUCACAGCAGCGGACAUGGGUACCUUGCUACUCGCUGCCAAAAGGGUAUCUGCAAAACUGAAGAUUCUUCCUACAACUGACUCUAAUUUCGAAAUGGAAUCACAACCAAAGUUGAACUUGGACGACAUUGAUCAAGACUUGUCUAUGCAUAGGUUCUCUGUAUGCAGCCGCUCAAAGAAGCCUUUGUUGGAGACCAUAGCAGAGGAAACAGUGUGCUGAGGCUCAAUUGAAUGAAAUUUCAAAGGGCUCUCUCUCUCUAUAUAU